AUGCCUUUCAACACAGCUUUGACCCGCAAGUUGGGCAUUCGCGUGCCUGUUGUACAGGGUGGCAUGCAGUGGGUGGGAUACGCUGAGCUGGCCUCGGCUGUCAGUAACGCCGGUGGACUUGGACUCCUGACUGCUCUCACCCAACCCACGCCCGAAGACCUACGCAACGAAAUUCGACGAUGCCGCACCAUGACCAAGUACCCCUUCGGCGUGAACAUCACCCUCCUCCCCGCUCUUGUCCCCCCAGACUACGGUGCCUACGCCCAGGUGGUCAUCGACGAAGGAAUCAAGAUCGUCGAAACAGCCGGUAAUAACCCAGGUCCCGUGAUCGAGCAGCUCAAGAAGGCCGGCAUCAUCAUCCUGCACAAGUGCACUACUAUCCGCCACGCCAAAUCUGCCGUCAAGCUGGGCGUUGACUUUCUGUCUAUUGACGGUUUCGAAUGCGCCGGCCACGUCGGCGAACACGAUAUCACAAACUUCAUUCUGCUCAGUCGCGCGCGUCAGGAGCUGGGCGUCCCAUUCAUUGCUUCUGGUGGCUUUGCGGAUGGACAGGGUCUGGCUGCUGCCCUUGCCCUUGGUGCUGAGGGUAUUAACAUGGGAACUCGAUUCAUGAGUACUGUUGAGGCUCCUAUUCAUCAGAAGAUCAAGGAGGCUAUUGUGGAGGCUCAGGAGACAGAUACUGCUCUUGUUCUGCGCCGGUGGAAGAACACUACCCGUUUGUUUGGAAAUAAGGUGACUAGUGAUGCUUUGAAGGUUGAGCGUGAGAGCACCACUGGUGAGUUCAGUGAGAUUGCUCCUUACGUUAGUGGCAAGCGAGGCCGCGAGGUGUUCAUUAAUGGUGAUAAGGACUUUGGAGUAUGGACCGCUGGACAGGUUAUUGGGUUAAUCCACGAUAUUCCUACCUGCGCCGUGCUGCUUGAGCGCAUUGAGAAAGAGGCCCUGGAGGCUAUGAGACGUACCGAGUCUCUGUAUAGUGGUGCUCCUGCAAGCAAGCUGUGA